AUGGCAACCAAGGCUCCUUACCAGACGACAUUCGAACCUGAGCAUACUAUACAGCCAAUUUACACAGGAGGAAGUGUUGCACUUGACCAAACGGGUCGCAUACUUGCCACAACACUCGGGGAGGAUGCAUUAUUGACAGAUUUGAAUACAGGGAGGGAAUUGGCCAGGAUAGAAGGAGAUGGAGAGGUCAUCUCUACAUUAAGUCUCACGCCGUCUGCUUCCCAUCUCAUCAUAUGUUCGAGAUCAUUGUCUAUGCGAAUCUACUCCCUACGACCUUCACCUGCCUCUGAUGUUUCUCUCAACUACGAACUUCUGCGAACGCUUAAACCGCAUUCUACGCCAGUAGUAGUCUUAGCUGUAGACCAGACGAGUACUCUGCUAGCAACCGGAGCUGCAGAUGGAGUAGUGAAAGUUUGGGAUAUUGCCGGAGGUUACGUCACACAUACAUUUCGAGGCCCCAAUGUACUUAUAUCCGCUUUACACUUCUUCGAAUUGGUUGCGAGCGGUAGGGAUGAGGAAUUAGGCAUUUCAGCAAGAAACCGAAAGAACGGGAGCCGAAAGAGUCAAGCAGAUGAUGACAACAAUGAGAACGAAGCAGCGAGAGGGUUCCGUCUUGCAUCUGGAAGUCAAGAUGGUAAAGUCCGUAUUUGGGAUCUUUACAAAAGGAAUUGUGCCUCUGUUUUAGAUUCACACGUGUCGGAUGUUCGAGCUUUAGAUUACUCACCAGAAGAAAAUGCGCUUCUUACCGGAAGUCGAGAUAAGACAAUAAUGUGGUGGGAUGCGAAGACGUGGAAAAUUAGAAAAGUUAUACCCGUGCUUGAGGAAGUGGAAACUGCCGGAUUUAUUGAAGCCGGAAAGUUCACAUAUACUGGAGGAUCGAAUGGAACCAUUAGAGUUUGGCAAACGGAAAAUGGUAGGGAAGUCACAAAACCACAAAAAGGUGGCGCAGAGGCAGAUGCCAUUGUAGAUGCGCUCUCAUACCAUGAUCUUCCUUUCAUUCUAUCAAUCCAAGCAGACCAUACCUUAAUCCUUCACUCAAAAGCUCCCAUGGAAAACGCGGAUUCCACUAUCACCAUUCCGGCUCUGCCCCAAGUCCAGCGAAUCUCUGGAACUCAUGACGAGAUCAUCGAUUUAGGAUUUCUUUUACCUGAUAAAUCCCUCCUUGCUUUAGCUACCAAUUCGGAGGAAAUUCGUAUCGUCUCCUUGAAUCAAGGUUCAGAAAACGACUCCAAAAAAUCGGCCGCAUAUUUUGGUGCUGAUGUCGCUCAACUCAAGGGACAUGAGGAUAUCAUCAUCUGUUUAGAUAUCGACUGGUCAGGCCACUGGAUUGCCACCGGUGCUAAAGAUAAUACUGCUAGACUUUGGCGUAUCGAUGCCGAAAACGCUUCAUAUACCUGUCAUACAACUUUUACUGGACACGCCGAAUCUCUUGGUGCUAUUGCACUUCCUCAUACCCCACCACCAGAAUCUUCACCGGCCUAUAAGUCGCCGUUGGACCAUCCACCCAGCUUUUUGUUGACCGCGGUGGAUAUUCAAGCUCAGACAGCAACUGGUAAAGCGCCAAGAGCUUCAUUAACCAAAAAAGCCCACGACAAAGAUAUCAACGCAUUAGAUAUUAACCACAACUCUGAAUUAUUUGCAUCGGCAUCUCAAGACAAAACCGUCAAAAUUUGGUCAACCAAAGAAUUAGAAGUACAAGGUGUAUUACGUGGUCAUCGUCGUGGUGUUUGGUCUGUAAAGUUCGCGCCAAAAGAUACCCCAACUCUUCAAGGAGAUUCCGGUCCAGCUUCAGGAAAGGGUUUAAUUCUUACUGGAAGUGGAGACAAAACUGUCAAGAUAUGGAAUCUUUCCGACUACAGCUGCUUACGAACAUUUGAAGGGCAUACUAAUUCUGUUCUCAAAGUGGCAUGGUUGAAAUUACCAGCACCAGAAGAUAGAAAUAGGAAACACGUUCAAAUAGCCACAGCUGGUGGAGAUGGUCUUGUCAAGGUCUGGAGUGCAACAAACGGAGAGUCAGAAUGCACAUUAGAUAAUCACGAAGAUAGAGUUUGGGCCCUCACUGUCCACCCUAAAACAAACAUGAUAGUAUCAGGAAGUGGAGAUUCCACUGUCACCUUCUGGAAGGACACAACCUCAGCAACAAUAGCUGCUAGGGAAGCGGCCAACACUCAAUUCGUGGAGCAAGAGCAGGAGUUACAAAACUUCAUACAUGCUGGUAGCUACAGAGAAGCUAUUAUUCUUGCACUUACACUCAAUCAUCCCGCAAGAUUACUUUCCAUAUUCACAACCGUUGUUACCGGUGCUCACGAAGAAGGAAGUAUCUCAGGUCUCAAAGCUGUUGAUACCGUCCUAGCCUCCUUGACAGAUGCUCAAAUCUUCAACCUACUUCUCAGAGUCCGUGAUUGGAAUACUAACGCUAGAACAGCGUCUGUAGCACAAAGAAUCCUACAUGUUCUCGUCAAAAGUUAUCCCGCUUCUCGCUUAUCGAAUCUUAAGAUUAAGGGGGCACAGGGACAGAAGAGUUUGAAGGAGGUAAUUGAUGCUUUGAAAGUUUAUACGGAUAGACAUUACAAGAGAAUGGAAGAAUUGCUUGACGAGAGUUAUCUUUUAGAAUACACACUGCGGGAGAUGGAUGGUCUUGGAUUUAUUGAGAAUGGAGCCAUGGAUGGUGCUGGGGAUACAAUUAUGGUGUAA